GUUUUUCGUCUUUCAUUCUUUCAGGUCGUCGGAAUCUUCGCCUCAUCAUGGAAUAUCUUCCCUUCGGAAGUCUUCGCGACUACCUCAUUAAAAACAUGGAGCGAAUUGACCAUAAAAAGCUGGUCCAUUACGCCUCUCAGAUCUGCAAGGGAAUGGAGUAUUUGUCAAGUAAACGAUACAUCCACAGAGAUCUGGCCACCAGGAACAUCCUUGUUGAGAGUGAGCUGAGAGUAAAAAUUGGAGAUUUUGGCCUCACCAAAGUUCUGCCUCAAGACAAAGAGUAUUAUAUGGUCCAAGAACCAGGAGAGAGCCCCAUAUUCUGGUUAGAACAUUACAUACAACACGUGUACAACCUGACACACUUAACUUGAUGAUUAACA